AUCAUCAACCCUACUCGUAAGACAGUUUGGGAACUUGCUUGCACGCAGACUGUGCUCUGGGAGACAAACAACACCCCUGAGGGGGAACAUAAUUCUACUGCUGUCCUGCUGUUGGGAUACAUGGAAAAUAUGUCCCAGAUUUCGGAUACAGAGCACCCCCUCGCUGUGAAUGUCCCCAUCAUCAAUGGUCAGGUCUCGGUGACUGUUCCUCAGGACAUGACACCUCGCAGCAAUGCUAUUGUUGUCUUUGCCGGCUACUCCGGAAAUGCUUCUCCUGAGUUCACCAUCACCUAA